CGUGUAGAGGCAGAACAGCGCUCCCUAGCGGCGGACCGACACAUAACACCGCACCGCGCCCCGUUACCCCGACGCUUCUUAUUCAGGGUACAGUAACGGUGACGGGAUGAGUGGUUCAAUGAAUAACAGACGACAUUAAUAAACUAACGGAAAUUGAACCACCAUUGAAGAAGUGCCUGGGAACAGAUACACACUGGUUGUUAUAACGCCGGAUAUUGAUACUUCAAUUAGUGAUUAGUUGCCUUUGUUCCAGUCCCAAUGGCGAUAGCCCACGUAGCCACAGAAUACGUCUUCUCCGACUUUCUACUCAAAGACCCCACUGAGUCAAAGUACAAGGGACUGCGGCUGGAGCUGGCCGUGGACAAGAUAGUGAGCUGUCUGGCCGUGGGGCUUCCUUUGUUCCUCAUCUCCUUGGCUUUCGCUCAAGAAGUAUCAGUGGGAACCCAGAUCAGCUGCUUCGCUCCCACUAACUUCUCCUGGCGACAGGCCUUCUACGUGGAUAACUUCUGCUGGGCGGCCUUACAGCAACAGCCGCAGAGCUCCCCGCUAUGGCUCCACAAGUUCUUCCCCUACAUCCUGCUGCUGCUGGCCACCCUCAUGUCCAUCCCGGCCCUGAUCUGGCGCUUCACCGCCGAGCCUCACCUCUCCUCCGACCUCAACUUCAUCAUGGAGGAGCUCGACCGCUUCUACAACCAGGCCAUCAAGCUGGCCAAGAACCUGGCGGCGCUGGAGAGCAAGGACCCGCCUGGAGACGGAGAAGGCAGCGCUCCGGACCUGGCCGAGGGCUGCCUCAAGUACCCGCUAGUGGAGCAGUACCUGAAGACCAAGCGCUUCUCCCACGACCUGGUGCUGAAGUACCUGGCGUGCCGGGGCCUGACCUUCCUCAUCCUGGCCCUGGCCUGCACCUACCUGGGCUACUACAUCACGCUGGCCACCCUCACCGACGAGUUCGCCUGCGACCUGCGCACCGGCGUGCUGAAGAACGACAGCGUGGUCCCCGAGGCGGUGCAGUGUAAGCUGGUGGCGGUCGGAAUCUUCCGGCUCCUCAGCUACACCAACCUGGCGGUGUACGUGCUCCUCGCCCCCCUGGUGGUCUACGCCGCCCUGGGCCCGGCGCGCCAGAGCUCUGGGUUCCUCAAGCCCUACGAGCUCCUGCCCGGCUUCGGGACGCUGGGCCUGGUCACUCCUCGCUACAACGAUCUGAGCAUCUACCUGCUGUUCCUGAAGGAGAACCUCAGCAAGCUCAAGUCCUUUAAGUGUCUGCAGGUCCUGGAGCUGCUGCAGGAGAACGGGGAGGAGGGUUUCGACACCAUGUGUCUGCUGAGAACCCGGGGCCAGGUGAAGACCGACGCGGUGGACGGGAAGAAGACAUGUCAAGAAACAAAGAAGAGCGAGGGAUCGUCUAACUGAAAGGCUCGAGGACGAAGAGAUAAUAAUAAUCAUGUUGGUCUUCCGUAGAAUGUUUGGUCCAAUUUAUUGGUCAUGUUCUCUUCAAUGCACUGAUCAUAUUUCACUGGUUAGUUAUACCUAUUUUACCUUUGUUACCUCUUAUUUUAGAAGGGUUUGUUAAUUCUGGUGCAGGCCUUUACUCCUGAAGUUAGUACAUGAAUAACAUGAUGUAGAAAUAGCAUUUUAUUCAAGUUGAUUUGUUUUAGAGCAAAUAUUUAUUUACUAUUAGUAAUAUUUAUUUAGCCUUUGGUUUAUUUACUGUGAAUCUUAGGAGCACUGAUUUAACACAUUGUUUAGUAUUAAGUUAUAAAUACGUUAUAGGAGUCAGACCUAGAAGUGUUAUUCUGUCACAGAGCUACUAGUUGUUAUUUCCUGUACUAAAACAACAAAUUUUGCAUGAUAAGUCAAGGCAAUAAGGCAGUAUCAUAACUAAUAUAAUGUCUCUAAAACCCACAAUCAAAAUGCAGUCAAUCAAACAGUAUUAUUACCAUUGUAAAUCCAGUAACUAUGUAUGGAUGAAUAUGCUAUAUUCUAAUAUACAAGUCAAAUUACAUGUCAAAAGCCAUAAAGUAUUUAUCGAAAUAUUAAACAAACCCUUCAAACAGUUUACCCUCUGACAUGUCACUAUGAUGUACAACAUCAUAAGGAUACACAGAAACACGUGUCCUUGUGUAAUUCAUGUGUAUUCUGGAUGUCAUUUUAAUUAAUGCCGGCCCACUCAUACAGAGAAUGCAAGGCAGGAUCCCAAAUGGAGAUGCACUUUGAGAUUGCUGUAACAAGAAUGAAUACUCUUUACCGAAGUGUGUGUGCAUAUUCUAUUUUGUAUUGCAUUACUCUGAAACAGUAGUUGUUCAAUGCAUGUGUGAUUGUUACUCUGUCUAUUUCACAAGCUGUUUUAAAUAUUCUGUUUCAUAUUUGUUCGAGAUGACAAUUAUUUUUAAAUUUUCUUAUAGUUGGAAUGUACUUUUUUUAAACUUUCAAUAAAAC